AACGGAAGGUAGCGUUCUCUGUUACUUUGGGAGUUGGGGGUUACUAUGGUGGUUACUAUGGACCCACAUCCACUACCCUGGUCUACAAGGACAUCCUGACAAACAUCGGCAAUCACUACAACCCAACUAAUGGUCACUUCACAGCCCCAGUGAGGGGAGUGUACUACUUCAGAAUCGCCUUGUUCGGAAUCGUAGAAAGGAACAGCGGAAUACAUUGCAACCUCCGCACAAACGGCACCGUAACCCUGAAGGCAGGUCUUUGGGAAUACAUUGCAAAGUCCCAGCACCAUGUAGCUAAUGCUGCCUCUCUGCUGCUAGAGCAGGGAGACGUAGUUGAUGUUCAACUGGGUGGAACCACAAUCUACGAUGACAGUCACAAGAGAAACACCUUCAGUGGCUUCCUGCUCUUCCCAGUGUGAGAUGCUAUUCAGUGAACCACAGUGGAAUGAAGCCCUCAGCCAACGUGUGUUUAUCCUAUAUAUAUGUUUCUAUUGAUUGCAAUGUUGUGUCUGGCAGGAGCACCCUUCUCAUUUUGAUGAUACAGUAAAUUAAAUCGAUUGAUCGAUCAAUACAUAAAUAAAUCAACCAAGAAAUCUGUCAA